ACGGAAAGCGAAAUUUUGUGUGAUUCAAAAACAAAUAUUGCACAAGGCGGCAGCGAUACUCGAGGUUCACAGGAUAACUGCACUCACGAAAAUCCCCCGGUCCUUGGACUUUCCAAAACUCACAGCAUAUGCAUUCCCGGCAUUCCGACUACAAACUCAUGCAACUCUGUUGUCGGAGCAGCAGACCAUAAUGGUGAUGAUGAUGCAGAAUCCCUAAAAACGCAGGAAGCAGCCGGCACUUGUGAAGAUAAGUCAUCAGAUAAAUUGGCUGAUGAACUCAAACUUGUAAAUGAGAAAAACAAAGAACUUCGAGAAGCGCUGCGUAUCGUUGAUAGGCAGUGUGACAAGCUGGUGGUGAGUAAUUUUUGGCUGCUAUAUAAUAUUCGAAAAUAA